AUGCAGAACAAGAUGAACACCGAUUUUGAAUUACUGAUUCGAUUGAUGAAAGAGCACGGGAAAGCACCCUCGUCCUCUGAUGAAUCAGUCGAUUCAGUACGUCCGCGACGGGUGGUGUCGAUCAGUCCAGGUGAGAUUGUUCGGCUGCCGAAUGGAGGUGAUGAGAUGCGCGUGUCGCGAUUAUCGAGUCACGAACCUCCGUCGUUACCGACCAGUAGAAGUUCAGACGAUGCUGAUACACUGUUGUGA